GGGACUGUUUAUUAUAGCUGCUAGGGGAGGAGCUGCCCACUGCUGCGCUGACUAGGCCAGGACCAGGACUGUGAGGACAGGGGGACCGCCAUGACUGACUCAGAGACAGCCAGCUAUGUACUAGCUUAUCUGCUCAAGCACAACUAUUCUCAAACUGCCUCUACUUUCCUACAAGAGUGUCAAGUCCUCCCCUCCAAGUCGCUCCUGAUCCUACCAGAGACUCCUCUCCACUCACUCAUAGCAGAGCACAAGUUACGAUCUGAUGCCACUGUUCUCAUGAGCACGAUGGGACCCUCCAGCUCAUGGAGGGCACUCUGGGAUAAACUACACAUCACUCUGGAACAACUCAAGGUAGUGUAUGAAGAGGGACCCACUCUGAAGGCACACAAUCAUGGUACUACAUCGCUGAGUCAGCGUCCUAGAGUCACUCAACUACGCAAGCCAACACAUCACCCACUGCCCACACAACCACCCACACCGCCCACACAACCCUCACGAGCCUCACCGCCCUCACAAGUCACACAGGAGAUGGCUCACACCAUCACACUAUCUCCACAUAGAAGAAAACCUGUGCCUAAACGCAAGGAGCUCACUGACAGUCCACUAAGAGGUCCCCCACUCUCCCCCUCCACUCAGCACAUGUUUGACUCUCUCAUGGGAGACUCAGAAUUACCCGGCAAACUGGCAGACAUUAUUAAUCGCUGUGUCUCACGGGAUGAAUCUACCUCUGAGCGUUCACCUUUGACCUUGAGUACAAUUAUUGAUCGGACGUACUCUGACCCCGCACUGGAAGGCCUACUGCAUACAUCAUUGGAUGGUCCUAGUCAUGUGAUACCCCCUGACGAUCAUGUGAUACCUCCUGAUGAUCAUGUGAUACCUCUUGAUGACGACCAUUCAACACACAGUGAUGAUUCAGCUCUACAGUCUCCUCCACCUGCUAAGAAACCACGAGCGGACACCAUGACUGAGCAGGAUAUUGAGGCCUUCCUAGACCAACUGCACAGCUAGCAGAGCUACAACCUGUCUGAUCAUUGGACACUCGUAUUGUGUUUAUCAUUAUCUGCUUAUCAUUGCUGAGUUCAUUACAGUAUCAUUCUGUGCAAUUUAUUUCAAUUCGUUAAAAAUUAAAUGUUAUAAAUCA